CCCCCGGGAUGAUCAGCUCCGCCUCUCACUCAAUUAUUUUAUUAUCAAGAGAUUAAUGAACAUAAAAUGGAUUGGAUUAAUUGCAACUCGUGCUGUCGACAACCGGGAGAUGAAAAAGAACGAACCUUUGUUCUUACAAGUUGUGGGCACAUCUUCUGUGAUCUGUGCCUUAGACAAGGCGAGUCGCGUGACAAGUGUGCAGCGUGUUCUUCACAAUGCCAGUUAAUCCAGUUAUCAUCUAAGAUGAAGCCAGAUGCAGAAAUGUUCUUUUUGGAGCCAGCAGUACUGUUUAAGAGGCAUUACACACAGAUGAACCGGCUACUGGACUUCCAGAAAGAUCAUCGUGUUCGUCUUGUUUCAUUCCACAGGAGAGUUCUGCAGAAGUACAAAUCACUAGAAAAACAGAAUUCAUCAACUCUCAGUCACAUGCAAGAGCUAGAGAAAAAGUACACUGCAGCCAAGACUCGCAUCCAAGAGUUAGAGGCUGAAAACCAGAAGCUUCGCAAUAUGGUGUCCACUGCAGGUGGUGCUGGGAGGCCCAGUUCUCUGGGUCAUCAUUCAUCUUUUCUUGAAUCUUACCCGAGGCCAGCCACCUCCAACAAACACUCUCCACAACAAAUAAAUGGUCCUCAGGUGUCUCCUGGAGGAACGAGAAUUAGCCCUGGACGUCUUACCCUUGUUAAAACAAACCACGGAUCUGUUUUGGGUGUUCAUAACCGUAGUCCUACAAAUGUACCUGCAACUACCUCAGCACAUGCAAUACCAUAUGGGACAGUCCAAACUCCCAGAACACCAGUCAGUCAGCAUUCUUCGCCUCCUCAACCGUACCACGUAAUUGGCCACCAGAAUCAGCAAGUCCUACACUCAAAUAAUGGAUUACAUAUUUCCACACCUAACAGACAUGGUAUUGGCUACUUCAGGAGUCAAAGUCCCUCACCUACCAGGACAUAUUCACCGACAAGAAGUGUCUCGGGUUCACUGAACAAACUAUCUUUAUUACCACCGAAUCAGCUUCAGGCAAUAAGUCCGGGUUUAAAGCCACUUCAGGUCACACACAAUUUCUCACACUUUCCUAAUCAGCAAGGCAAUCAAACAGACCAAAUUCGGCCUACAUAUUUACAAUCUCAACCAUUCACAGUUCAUUCUGUAAAUACAACUGCAGCCUCGCCAAAUCUUUUUACCAACCAAAUACAGGGAUGCUCUUCCUAUGGAAAAUAUACUAUGUAGGCUAAUUGAAUUGCAUUAGGAAAUUUACUUGGUCUAGGAGACAAUUGAAAACUUAGUUUUUUUAAUAACUUAUGCUUAAUUCAUAAGGCAUAACAAUGGAAAAAAAGGAUGUGUGUGAACCAUUUGAAAACUAAUGAAAGUAAGAUAUUUUGUGUAUAGUUGUGAUACCCUCUAUUCUACCCCUAAGGAGAUAAAGUAAGAACAAAAAUUAAGGAGCACAGCAGCAAACUUGUUGGCCCGUAUUAGAGGAGUCCUGUGUAAAUCUUCUUACCCACAUAUCUAUCCAAUCUGUUCAUCAAGACUAUUGAACUAUUUAUUUAAUAAUAUUGCCCAUCAUAAUAACCACCACCUUCCCCCACAUGCUUACCUCUUCUCUAUCAUCCCUAUAACUUACACUGUUAUUCUUUCCAAAACUAAAUCAUCUUUGCCAAGUGUACUGCCGUGCAUCGUGCCUCCUCUGUCAGUCUGUGUAUUCUUGCACACAUGACUGUUCUCUGAGGCUCCAUCUUUUAUACUCUUACAUUAUUUAUGCUUCCAUUACCUACAUUGAUCAUAUAAAUUUCUUAGAUUAUUGCAAUGGAUGAUAAUAGACGAUAUACAGGUAUUCAGAUGUAUGAUAAUCAUGAGGUGCUUGAUGGAGGACUUCUCUUAAGUAGGUGAAUUUAGUAAAUAAAUGUUUUUAUUCAGCAUUUUUUUUUAGUUAUUUUACUUUUCUUAAUCAUGGUUCCUUCUUUGAUAAUUACUUACUUUUCUUAAAAUUAAUUAUAUAGUAGAUAAAAAAAAAGUAUUGUUUAAGUUUGCAUGAAUUUAUUCUUUUCUGUAAUGCAAAAUUACUAAAAAUAAAUAUCAUGUAAUUUGCAUUGUAUAUUGAUUGCACUUCCAUAAUUUUGCAAAGUCUAUAAAACUCCUUAAAAAAAAAAAGACUGUCAUGUUUGUUCUUUUUUUUUUUAAUAAUGCACCUACAGAAGGACCUGUUUUUAAGCUUCAUCAUCGUCAUUCUCCCACUUCUCACCUGCACAGGCGUUAUAUUCCUGAUGCAGCUUAUCUUUCAGUACUUAUUCAAAUUUCCUAUACCAAUAAAUCUAUGAAUUCCAGGUCGGAUCACGGAUCACUGUGUACCGCUCUCAUUCCCUAAACUACCCCAAAAAUUGUAUUUUUUAUUCUCACUUAUGACACAAAACAUAUGCACUAACACUAAAUAUGAAACACAAUGUCUUUAACUGUGCCACAAGUCUUUCACUACCUCAUUCCACUCUUCAUUAUCCCUCGCCAUUCCUCUCAUUCACUUUUACUCCUGUUCUUAUAAUCCCUAACACAUUCAUUUCUUCAUUCUCACUUCCUCUUAUUUUUGUUUCACAGAAACUCAGGACAUCAGACAUUCCCCUUUAAAAACUCUUUUGCCCCGUAUGUUCUCUCAUAUUCUACACAGCAGUCUAUGUGGAAGAAGUUUAGGAAGACUGGUAUCCAGUCCAAUCUUCCCAUUCCUUUGUGAAAGGAAUACAGGUAUGUUUGUACAUGAUGGUGAUAGGCAAUGGGAUUGCUGCAUCCCUUCUUAAAUUACAGUGAUUAUUAGUAUACAAACUGAAGACAUCUGCCCUUCUAUGGUAAACCUUGUAAUUUUCACAUACUAAUAUUAGUCACAUAUUUUCACACAUAAUUCAAUUGUAAAUUCAAAAUAUACUUUUAUUUCAAUAAAA